AUGGUCACGACUCCAUUGCAAUCUUCGCCGAAAAGCAGUCUGAAAUCUUCAACCACCUCACUGCGCUCGGUACAAACGCAGUCUGAUCGUAUGAAGCCCAGUGAGCCAAAGCACAGAACAACUAAAUCCUGGUCUAUAUGGGGGAAUAAUGAGGACGAAGAACCGGAAUCAUCUAAUAAGAAUAACGGGAAGGAAGGCAGUAAAGACAUCUGUCAAGAUGGUGACAAUGUUUUGAAUAUGGGCACUGGCUUGCACGAUAAUCAACGGACAAAGAUUUUAAUAGAAACUGGCAAGAUUGAGAAGGGUGAGAAAGACAAAAACGAUGGAAAUGCAACAAUAGCAGAAAGAAAUACAAGGUCUCGAACAUGGCCAUUCUUUUGGAGUCGUAACAAAGAUCCGGAGCCUACUCAUAACGUUCCCAUUGAUGCGGAUAAUCACACUUUAUCAAGUUUAGCAAAUAGUCUAAAUCCGGCUCCCUUAACCAACAUUUACAUACCAUAUAAACCGGAUGCUAUAUUAAUGAGGGAUAAAAACGUCAAAACUCCAAAGAAAUUAACAGAUGACAUAGGGAAUCAGUUUCCUAACAUUGUUGUACCGAGUUUUGAUAUUUUACCUAAACAAACCAUAUGGAAUACAGUAACAUCAACAAUUUGGAAAUGGAAGACUGAAUACUGGGAUAGCAGACCAUCAUCAAGGGUACGAAAGGAGGAAGAACGGGUGCAACACUCACAAAAUCAGUUGAAAGAGGAAACAAAUGCAGCCGCAAACGAGGCAAAAGAUGAGGAACGGUUAGUGCACAAUAGGGGAUCUUUAUAUAGGGUAGAUCCAUGGAGAAAAAUAAACCUUCUAUCAGAUUACCAGUCUAGGCCCAUCAGAGUUCUCAUUGUCGGUGUUCAUGGGUUCUUUCCAACAAAAAUUAUUAGACCGUUCAUUGGCGAGCCAACCGGUACAUCUACCAAGUUUGUCACAGAAGCUGAGGAAAUAGUGAAGGAAUACUUUGGCCAAUAUAAGGUGCCCAUUGAAAUAAGUAAGAUUGCUCUUGAAAGAGAAGGUGAGAUAUUUGAUAGAGUAGAUUUCUUCUACGAAGUUAUGAAGCAUUGGAGCAAAGAAAUAAACAAUUCGGAUUUUAUUUAUUUUGUAAGUCAUUCCCAGGGGUGCCCAGUCACCAUCAUGCUUUUAGCGAAACUGAUCAAAAACGGUAUAAUAAACCUCGAUAAUUCUCAAUUUUUCAAUGAUGAAAUUCAAUUCUGUUCAUCGAAAAAAAUUAUCUCCGUCUUGGCUAUGGCAGGUAUCAAUAAUGGUCCAUUUUAUGGUGCAGAUCAAACUUUGUUUGUUCGUGCAUACCAGACGAUUGAAAAAGACUCAUUGAGGGAGUUAUUCGAGUUUCAAAAGUUCGAUUCCAAGCAAUCGCAAAGCUUCAUAGAAGGUCUGAGAACAAUUAUAUCAAAUAACGUUAAGAUUACAUUCGUGGGGUCCAUCAACGAUCAACUGGUCCCGUUGUAUUCAUCCAUAUGUCUUUUUGCCAACCAUCCUAACAUAUUUCGAGCAAUUUUUAUUGAUAGAGGAUCACAAACGCCAGCGUUCAUUACUCGCAUCGUUAAAAUUGCUGGUUCACUGUUAGACUUGGGUUAUAAUGACCACGGGAUCAUAAAGGAAAUAAGCGGAUCUCUGGCGGGCACCUUGACAGGAGGUGGUCACUCCACCAUUUAUAACGAGAAACAAGUUUAUCACCUAGGCAUCAAAUUUGCAUUGGAGACAACCGAUUUGUCUGAAAUAGACCCCGUUGAGUACUCACCAUAUAAAUUGUCUGAGUUAGGAGCCAACCCUUAUCGCUUGCCAUGGUGUAUGAGGGGAUUAAUGUACGAAUCCAACAAGCAUUUCAAUAGUGAGGAGAUCAAGAUGUUGUUCAAGGAGUUUGAGGAAUGGGACCCUGAGACUAAGCAAUUAAAGGACAUAAAAAACAGGCUUAAUGGCUUGAAGUAUCGACUUUGA